CAGGUUUUGACUUGCCAUGUCAGCCUACGCUGUGCCAUGGGACUAUCCAUACCUCCAAGAGCUGGGCUUGGAGAUCGCUGCGGCCAGCGCGACGGGCAGCCGCGCCGCUGUCCACGCGCCGCGCGCGCCGGCCGAGCGGAGUCGGAGGCCCGUGGUCACCCGCUUUGCGCCGUCGCCGACGGGCUACCUCCACAUCGGCGGCGCGCGCACGGCGCUCUUCAACUACCUGUUCGCGAAGCAUCACGGGGGGCAGUUCCUGAUGCGCAUCGAAGACACAGAUCUGGAGCGGCACAAUGAGGCCGCAGUGGAUGCGAUCCUGCAGGGCAUGGCCUGGCUGGGAACCCCUCACGACGGGCAGAUCGUGCGUCAGCGUGAACGAUGCGGACGCCACAAGGAGGUGGCCAUGGAGCUGCUGAAGAAUGGCGGAGCCUACAAGUGCUACUGUUCCAAGGAGGAGUUGGAAGCCAUGCGGCAAGAGGCGGAGACCCAGAAGGUGGCCUUUCGCUACCCCGGCAAAUGCCGACGGCUGCCGCCGGAUGCCUGCCCACCUGCAGGGCGACAGCCAGUGGUGCGGAUCAAGACGCCUGAGGAUGAGGGCUGUACCAGCUGGAAGGACGGCGUCAUGGGUCUCAUCGAGAUUCCGAACAAGGAUGUCGACGACUUCAUCAUCCUCCGAGCUGAUGAGACACCGACCUACUUACUGGCCGUGGUGGUGGACGACCAUGACAUGGGCGUCACCCAGGUGAUUCGGGGCUCCGACCACAUCGGCAACACUGCCCGGCAGAUUGCGGUCUUCCAGAACAUGAAUUGGGAGCUUCCAGACUUUGCACAUCUGCCCCUGAUCCACGGCCCCGAUGGGAAGAAACUCUCGAAGCGCCAUGGGGCCACGGGGCUGGAGGAGUUUGAAGCGAAAGGCUACCUACCGGAGGCGAUCCGAAACUACCUGGCGCGCCUGAGCUGGUCCCACGGCGACGAUGAGAUCUUCAGCACGAAGCAGGCCAUCGAGUGGUUCACGCUCUCCGCCUGCUCCCGAGGAGCUCCUUGCUUCGACUUUGACAAGUUGAAUGGCCUGAACCAGCACUACAUCAAGGAGGCAGAUGCGGGAAGGCUCUACGAGAUCGUGGAGAAAAUCUUUCCCGAGGUCAAGGCCUUCGAGCAGAAGUUCCGCGACCCACGGGUGGCCAAUAUGCUGAAGGUCCGCGCCAAGACGCUCAUCGAGUACAAGCAGGCGGCAGACUUCAUCAUGGCCCAGCGGCCGCUGGAGGUCUCGAAAGCAGCGGCCAAGGACCUGGGCGACCAGCUGCAUUUGGAGAGCUUGGCCGAGGACUUGCAGAAGUACGAGGGCGAGUGGACCCCGGAAGCACUCGAGGUCUACAUCAAAGGCCUGGUGGUGGCCAAAGAGAUGAAGCUGGGCGCCUUUGCCAAGCCCAUCCGGGCGGCGCUCACAGGCUCCACUGCUUCACCAGGCCUCUUCGAGGUGAUCUGGGCCAUCGGCCACCAGGAAGCGGUGGCGCGCUUGAGGGAUGCGGCCGCCGGAAAGUUCAAGGUGGCUGAGUGAGGGCCGCGGCCCGUUUCGACAGCCGGAGCAGAUGACCGUUCCCAGCCUUAGACAUG